AUGGCAAGCACUUUCACCCGUUUGCUGAGUGGCCGUAACACUGCUGUGUUACUGGCUGGACUGGGAGCAGGAACGCUGGCAUCUGGCUACAUGCUCAGUGAUUCUGCUGCUAUCUCUGCUGAAGAAAAAAGGAAGCUCUACCCACCCAGUGCUGACUUUCCAGACCUGCGGAAGCACAACAACUGCAUGGCAUCUGCCCUGACCCCAGCAGUUUAUGCUCGCCUGAGGGACAAGCUCACCCCCAACAACUGGAGCCUCGACCAAUGCAUCCAGACCGGUGUGGACAACCCAGGACAUCCUUUCAUCAAAACAGUGGGCAUGGUGGCAGGAGAUGAGGAGAGCUAUGAGGUGUUUGCUGAAAUCUUUAAUCCAGUCAUCAAGGACAGGCACAAUGGCUAUGACCCCCUAACUAUGAAGCAUCCAACUGACUUGGACGCCUCAAAGAUCACCUCUGGAAUGUUUGACGAGAACUACGUGCUUUCCUCGCGCGUUCGUACGGGCCGCAGCAUCCGGGGACUGAGCCUUCCUCCUGCCUGCAGCCGCGCAGAGCGUCGUGAGGUGGAACGCGUGGUGGUCCAAGCCCUGUCUGGUUUGAAGAACGAUCUCUCUGGCCGCUACUACAGCCUGACCGAGAUGACUGAGCAGGAGCAGCAACAGCUCAUUGACGACCACUUCCUUUUCGACAAACCUGUGUCCCCCUUGCUGACUUGUGCAGGGAUGGCCCGUGAUUGGCCAGAUGCCAGAGGAAUCUGGCACAACAAUGAGAAGACAUUCUUAAUCUGGAUCAAUGAGGAGGACCACACCCGCGUCAUCUCUAUGGAGAAAGGCGGCAACAUGAAGAGGGUAUUUGAGAGGUUCUGCCGGGGCCUGAAAGAGGUGGAGAGGUUGAUUCAGGAGAAGGGCUGGGAGUUCAUGUGGAACGAACACCUUGGCUACGUCCUGACCUGCCCCUCCAACCUGGGUACCGGCCUGAGAGCCGGAGUACACGUUCGCCUGCCACUCCUCAGCAAGGAUCCACGCUUCAGUAAGAUUCUGGACAAUCUCAGGCUACAGAAACGCGGCACAGGUGGUGUGGACACCGCCGCCGUGGGUGACACAUUCGACAUCUCCAACCUCGACCGACUUGGCAAGUCUGAGGUCGAGCUGGUUCAGCUGGUAGUUGAUGGAGUCAACUACCUGAUUGACUGUGAGAAGAAGCUGGAGAAGGGUCAGGAUAUCAAGGUCCCAGCUCCCAUUCAGCAGUUCAGGAAGUGA